UCAAAAGUCAAAACUCAAACGGUAUAUCGUGUGAAAUAUGUAUCAUCAAUUUUGUGCUUUUUCCUGAAAAAAAAUAAUUUGCUUCGGCCAUUUAUUGGUAUAAAAAGAUAAAGGGGGAUCUGUUUAGAUCCUCGCAAUACAAAUUUUUCAAUUUUCCAAAGUAUUCUAAUUAUAAAUAGGUGUCAUAAGUUAGCGUCUGAUGCCGCUCAUAGAUUUAGGCACGAAAAUGGCAAAAUCACAAAUAAACACGAAAUCGAGAGACUAUGUGAAGGAUAAAGAGACUUUUUUAAAAGAAUUGAAACAGUUCAAUGAAAGUAAAAAUAUACCGUAUAAGAUACCGGUAGUCAAUGGCGUGGAUAUAGAUUUAUACCUAUUAUAUUCAUUAGUUCAGCAGAGAGGCGGCCUGAGUAAAGUAAAUCAAACUGAUACAUGGGAAGCCUUUUUAAGACCACUUAAAUUGCCAUAUCCUUGUGUGAAUGGGUCAACAUUAUUACGCAGAAUAUAUGGCAUGUAUUUGGAGAAAUAUGAAAGAGCUAAAGGCCCACCAGGUAGAGAUGAUGAUAAUGACAUGGACGAGGACCCCAGGAGAGGGAGGGGAGGUGGCAUGCCAAGGAUAUCAUUUGGUAGCGGUACAUAUAUUUCAGCAUCUGGAGAACAGUUGAAAACAAGCACACCUAGGUUUGCUGGUCCAUCCGAAAGACUGACCUUAUCAUUGCUCUCACCAAUGCCAAAUGAACAGGACUUUGCAGUGAAUGUGUGUACGGUGCUAGCGGCAGAUCAUUCUAAUAGGUUACCUUUGAGCACAACAUCACAUAUUUUGGACUUUUUAUUAGCUCAUGCUGGUGUUUAUAAUCAUUCAAGCCUACGAGACACAAUCGGCCGUUCGUACUACGAAGCUCGCGGCCGCUACCCACACGAGUUCUGGCAAUUGAGGGCGGGGGGUGGGGGUGCUAAGGAGCUAGCUGAUGAGACCAAGUUCAUGCAACCAGGGAUAGAACAACCCGAGUUGAUGGUUCAGGCGCUGGCCGCUCAUAAUACUCUGACAGAUUGCUUGUUGAAUGGUGGAGACGAUAGUGACAUUUUGGAUAAAGUUGUGGAUGAUCUUCCUCAACAGGAAGUGGAGGACUGGGUGACAGAACCUUCAGAGGAAGAUCAGCUUUUCGCCCCGGAAUUGCCCGGUGGUGCGAGCUGUGUGUACACGCAGCGGGUCGUGCAAAUUGCGUCCAUCGUACGUUCACUGUCAUUCCACGAAGAGAAUUUGCAAUAUCUGGCCAAGAAUACUACGCUUAUUCGGUUUUUAUUGCUUUGUGCUAAUUGUUGGGUUGGUACACUGCGACAGAGUGGUUUAGAUACAUUGGGGAAUAUUUCUGCUGAACUAAUUAUAAAGGACCCAGCUACAUGCCUCAUAUCGCGUCACAUACUAUCCACCAUACAGACGUCCUUGUCUUCACCCGACCGUGCUCGAAUAUUAUCAGCCCUUGAGUUGCUAAACAAGUUAGCGCAGAAUGAGGCCAACGAAGAGGCGCUGUUGAAAUCGCUAGAGGCUAAGGCGCGAGUCACUGGCCUCGUGCACACGCUCGUGUCGCUCGUUACUGUCGAGGCACAAAGUUACGGACCACGUGCGUGUAUUUUAAUGAGGGUAGUUGAAACAGUGAGCGGUCCCGCAGUCGUUGAAAGAGAGCCAGAGAGACCACAGCCGCCGUCACAGCCACAAACCCCGGUAAAAUCGCAAGAAGCGCCAGCGGCCGCGCUCGCGCACGCGCACGCGCACGCGCACGCGGCGCCCGCGGCGGCCGCGCCCGCGCCCGCGCUCUCCUCCAUACAGGUGUCGCACCUGCACCAGCGCACCGUGCAGGAAAACGAGCACUUCGCGCAAGCGUGGCUGCGCUCGGCGUACGAGCCGCUGCCGGCCAACGACAACAGCACGUGCGACGCCGCCGAGCUGUACCGCCACUACAUGACCAGCUGCACCAAGAUGGGCCGCAAGGGGAUCAUUGCGCCCGCGCACUUCCCGCGGCUGGUGAGAACGGUGUUCGGCGGCACAGUGGGCCCCAACACGGUGGCGGCCGCUAACGGCGAGAUGCAGCAGAUGUACGUCGGCAUACGGGCCAAGCCCGGCCCGGCGAAGGUCAACCCGCCGCCCGGACCAUCGUCGCCGAUAUUGAAAGCGCAACUGACGAAUAAAACGCCUGAAGCUAAACCAGUUGUAACUCAGCCAGCGGCCCAACCGGUAUCGCAUCCGCACCUCUCCCAAGCGCUGGAAUCGAACCCGUCCAACACUUCGUUGAUCAAGCAUUUACUCGCGCACAAAGUAAGCCCCGGCAUACAACCGCAAGUUGCACAAAGACAACAGAGUCAACAGAGAGUCGGCACGGUGGCGUCUGUUGUGAUACAAGGCAAUCAGAACACGGCAAUGGAUGUGGACCCUGAAGCUUUGAUAAAAUGCACCACAAUAACUCCGGGCGGUGUUGCCAGUAACACACCAGCGGUUAUACAAGGCGAUAAGGUCAAUGUGCCUGAAGAAAUCAGCGUUCCUAAAGAAGAGCCAGUGCAGAUACAAAUCGACGAGCAAGCUCAAUUGACUAUUAAGGCCGCUCAAAACAAAAUGUUAGCUGACUUAUUGGAAAAGAAGUCGAACCCACCCGUUCAAGUUGUCCAAAUGUCCUCCCAAAUGAACGCACCCACGAUUCAAAUAACGGAAACCGGUCAAAUAGUGCAGGUCAAACAGGAGAGCAAUCCCGUGAUACAGAUAAACCCGGAACCGGUAGUGAUGCAGACCGCGCCAUAUAUUCAAAUUAAGAACGACCAAGGACAACUGAUACAGAUAAAAAACGAAUCCGGACAGAUAAUACAGCUGAAGAGCGAUCAAGGAGUGAUUCAGUUUAAGAACGACCAAGGGCAAAUAGUGCAGGUGAAAAGUGACCAGAUGCAAGCGCCGCAGGUCAUGCAAAGUGUUAUACAGAGCGUUAAGGGAGAUAAUGAAGCUGUGAUAGCGGAUCACUCGUACACCGAACCGCCGGCGAAGAAAGUUAAAACUGAGGAGAAGUCUGAGAAUUCACCACAAGAAAGCGUGUCGAAAACAGCAGCUAAUUUAUACGCGGCGCUAGCGGCGUCGGCGCUUGAAGACGAAGAUGAUUUGCGGCCUCGCGGGAUACUUAUAUCUGGACCAAUGGCUGCUAAGUUGCCGCCAAAACAGGAAACGGUUGAAGUGAUACAACCCCCCAUGAUAGUCGCGGGGGGUGGGGAUAAUCAAUCGGUAAUCAUUCAGGAACCUUUAUUGCAGGUCCAACAACCGACGAUGCAAGUUCAAACACCGACCUUACAGGUCCAACAACCGACGUUGCAAGUGCAGCAGCCGAUGCUGCAAGUGCAGCCGAUGGACGUCCAGAACAUUAUCGCGUCGCAGUCCGGACAAAUUAUAUUACAGGAGAAAACUGUCGCAACUCAACCCACGCAAUUCGUUCAACAACCGAUGCAGAUAAUUGCUACACCGAGCACAUCGCAAGGAGGAAUUGGAUACAUUACACAGAAUAUCCCUGGUAAUAUGAUGCAGAAAACUAUAAUUAUAGUCCAAGGGCCAACUGGGGGCGGUCCUCUUACAUUGACGGUGAACAACCCGAGCGGCUUGGACGAGGCAACGCUAAACAAUCUCAUCGCACAGGCCACUGAGGCGAUAACACAACAACAGAUAAUUCAGAACUCCGGUGUGAUACAAUCCACGCAGCGGGUGAUUGUCAGUCAGCCGACUCUCGUCAGCACGUCACAGCCGAUCGCUGUGGUCAAAACGGCAAUCGCACAGAAUGCACCUCAAAUAACGCCGAGUCAACAACCGAUUAUAACAACACAGCCGCAACCCCACAAAGCACAGAUUAUAAACCAAACACAACAACAACAGAUUGUCGUUACCCAAAAACAACCGCCCGCUCUAAUAAGCACGUCAACCGGCAACCCGAUUGUUGGCAACCAACAAUUGUUGCAAGGCAACCAGCAGAUCAUACAAGGCAACCAGCAGUUGUUGCAGGGGAAUCAGCAAAUCAUUCAGGGCAAUCAGCAAUUGCUGCAAGGCAACCAGCAAAUAAUAGCUGUGUCGAAUAAUCAGCAGAUAAUUGUCAACGCGCCCUUGAAACAGAAUGUCCACAGAGUUGUCCAGCAGCCACAGAGGAGUCAAAUCAGCACUGCCACAGUCAGCUCCCCGACUCUCGUGCAAAGUGAGACGAAAACAAUUGUGACGCAGAGUGCUACUAAACCAAACCAGCCACUGAUGCGGCAAGUGAUAACCAGACAACCGGUGAUGGUUGGGAACACGAAAAUUGGUGACAAGGAGACUAUUGUCGCUCAGCCGGUUGCAGAACAAAAGCCGCCUGUACCGUCAGCAACGCCACCGCCGACGCCAGCCGCCGGUAGCCAAGAAGAUACCCCCUGGAUAUGCCAUUGGAAGGGAUGCGGAAAAACGUUCGGUAGCGCAUCAUGUGUAUUUACGCACGCGGCACGUGCGCAUUGCCCCGGUGCGGCGGGGGCCUCCGGGCCCUCCGGGACCACUGGGGCCUCAGCCGGUGGCGACAUGCCGUGCAUGUGGCUGGACUGCGACCGGGUGCCCAGGAAGACAUUUGCGUUGUUGAACCAUUUGAACGACAAGCAUUGCACCCCGCAGGCGCUGAAGGCGAUCUACAAGUCGCGUCGCGCGGCGGCGGCGGCGGCGGCGGUGUCGGUGGCGGCGGUGGCGGCGGUGGCGGCGGGCGCGGAGGCGGAGGCGGGGCGCGCGCCGGCGGUGGCCUACCCGCCCAACGCCGCGCUCGCCGCGCUCAACAAGCACGCGCCCGACCUCUACAACCCCAGGGAGCUUAUGGAUGAAAAUGAAGGACCGGUGACGAAGAGUAUACGUUUGACGGCCGCGCUUAUUUUGAGGAACGUCGUGAUUUAUUCAAACACUGGAAGGCGAAUCCUGCGUCAGUACGAAGCGCAUUUGGCCGCCAUUGCUCUGAGCAACGUGGAAGCUUCCAGAACGAUUUCGCAAGUUUUAUUCGACAUGAACAAUAUAUGAGAGUCGGCCAAUGGGCACGGGCCCUAAGACACUAUGGUUGAUGUGCGAAAAUGUUUGUUAUGACCGUGCAGUAAGGACGGAUUUUGCGUUGCUGUUUUUUUCAUAAUUUACUGGAUGCACAAGUGCUCAAAGAUUUGUCUAAAAAAAUCCUAUACAAUUAUGUGUAUCAAAUUCUGUCGUAAAAUUGUUUUCAAUCCUUCAUAUCAUUAAGUUUUGAACCUUUUUCAGCACGGAUCUGAAUAUUUCGUAUUAGAUAUACAGAGAAUAGAGCUCCCGUGAUUGAUUGGAAAAUAUCGACAUAUGUAUUUGUUAAUUCUAUGAAAAUGUAUGUUUAUUGGCUCUUAAGAUCUUGUAUUGGUUCCGUGUUUAAAAGAUGUUUUUGACGGAUGGAUGAUGGUUUUAAUAGUUCCAAGUAUUUUAUUAUGUUCAAAUAUUUGUUAGUUCUAUUCUUACUAAAUUAGGGCGAAUACUUAAGUAAUAGUUAUUUGUGAGGUUGGUCAAAAUGACAUCUAUUUAAUAGGUUAUAAUAUAAGGAAAUUAAAUCUAACUUGUAUAUUUUCAUACACCUAAAGAAAAACAUACUUGUCUAUGGAAAUCUCUUUUGAAUCAAAAGUAUAAUAAGCUAUUAAUUAUAUAGAGUUAAAAUAGAUAUAAGUAAGGUAUGACUGUUAGUUUGUUAGCAUCAGUGUAUUUAAAAACGAACCUGAAAUAUAUGAGGUUGUGUAUGUGGUA